AUGGAAGCCAAAUCAGUUGCUGAAAUCACAGAGGAAGGAAACUUCGAAUUGAAUGUUGGCAAUUUGACUGCUGUACUUCACAACCCAAAAUGUCAGGAUUUGGCAAUCGUUUCCAUGGCUGGAGCUUAUCGAACAGGAAAAUCAUUUAUGCUGAACUUUUUCAUACGUUAUCUGCGCAAUAGAGGGUGGGAAAACGAAAGCUGGUUUGGACCUGAAGAUAUGAAAAUACAAGAUGGUUUUGAAUGGAGCAAUGGAUCAAAACCUCAUACUUUGGGAAUUUUGGUUUGCCCUGAGAUAUUUUAUGUUGAAAAAAACGGAAAACAGGUUGGAGUGAUGAUUGUGGAUACCCAAGGAUUAUUUGAUGCUAGUAGUUCACCUGACACAAAUGUUAACAUCAUGUCUAUCAGCACUCUUCUGUCCUCUCAUCAGAUUCUCAAUUUUAAAAAUAAUGUGCGUGGAACAGACUUUGAACAUUUGCAGCUUUCAUUGAAAUAUGCACUGGCUGCUUCGCAUAGUUUCCCAAGGAAACAGAAGUCAUUUCAGAAACUUACUUUUUUGGUUCGAGAUUGGCAACAUCCCAAUGAAUGUCCGUUCGGACACGGUGGAGAUGGGUACAUUGAUGGAAUAUUAAAAGAAAUGAAUCAAAGUCAACCAGAAAAUGUUUCACAAGUGAAAAAAUCUAUCCGUAGCGGAUUUGAGCAUGUAAAUGGAUUCCUGAUGCCUAGACCGAAUGAAAAAAUCGAUGGCGCCAAAGAUUUUCAAAAACUUCAAAAUUCAGACAUUACAGGGGAGUUUCGAAACCACAUUAUCAUGCUGGUUGAUUCAGUCUUGAACCCGAAAAAUCUUGUUGUGAAGAAAAUGUUUGGGCAACCUAUCUCAGCAAAUGGUUUGAUAAACCUCAUAAGUGAAUUCAGCAAAUAUAUUCAGUCAGGAAAGCAACCUAAAAUUGAGACAUUAUUAGAGAGCGCCAUAAAGGCAAACAAUGCAACCGCUCUGCAGGAGGCUGUGUCAAAAUAUCGGUGUCAUUUAAAACAGCUUGUCGGUUCUUCAUUUCCUUCUCAUAUUGAACUUGGUAAACAUCAUGAAAAAGCACUCAAAGAAGCAGAUAAAGUAUUUCGUAGCAUGGCAACUUUAGGAUCUGAAAAUCAAACACAGAAUGUUUUGAUUCAAGUGAAAGAAGAAUGCAAAAGUAUUUAUGAGCGGAAAACAGAGGAAAUUAGAUUCAUAAUGGUGGCAAAUAUUCAGGAAUUCCGCUUAAAAGCAGAAAAGAUUGAAAAGAAAUAUGAAGAUAACAUGAGCAAAUUGCCUAUGGACAUCUCGUUUGAGACACUUGGGGUGAAACACAAAGAAUAUUACAGUCAGGCUCUUUGUGAAUUCAAACUUGGUACUGACAGUUUCAAGGGAAUUUUACCGAAGGAUGAAAUUUAUAUAAAGAAGAAAUUAAUGACAAGAAUGGAAGAAUUUUUUAAACAUUUGAAGCAACAACGAGAGACAUUGGAAAACAUGAAGCGUUUUGCAAAAGAAAAAGAGAAAUUAGAAAUCCAAAAUGUUGCUCGCGAUUGCUUAGAUAUUUUCCAUCUAAAGAUGAUACAGAUUUCUGGUGAAUUUAUACCUAGAAUAGAAGAAGCCUGCCAAAAAGAAAUGCGGAGUAUUUUGGGAAAAUAUGGCAGAAAUUGUGAACGCUUUACCGACCAAUAUGAGGUCAGAAAAUGUCAAAACAAGCUUAAAGAUAACUUGGAAGAGCAUUGUGAAAGAGCUGUCAAAAACAACGAACGUAACAUGGAAAUGCUGAAGUCAAAAUGUGCUGAACAUUCUCAAACUGCUGCACGUGAAUAUGAUAAAAAGAUGAAAAAUCUGAUGGGACAAAAUCAGUUGCACGAGGAAGAGUUUUUAGAUGCGAAACACUCAGAAUUCAAAGACUCUGCAAUGUAUAGGUUCGAUGACUUGCUUCAGAGCAUGUCACAUUCUCUCUCAGUGUCAUUUGAAGACGAAUUCAAAAUGAAGUUGGACAUGGCAAUGAAUGAAAAAUAUCAAGUUUAUAAAAAGAAAAACGACAGAGAAAGAAUGAUACAAAAAAUGGAAAAGGAGUCAAAGGAAUGUGCUCACCAUGCGAAGACUGCUCUUAGUGUUUAUACUCACGGCAUGGAUCAGGUACUUUAG